AUUGAUUUCCUGGCACUGUGUGCACUUAGGGCAGCUGAGGAUGUGGUUUGUGUGUAGCUUGCAUUGAUAUGGCAGACGAAAGAGGCAGCAAGAAGGGGUGGGUAUGUGUCUGUGUGUGCCGUGUACUGCACUCCUGUGUUUUCUGCCAGCUGAUGACCCAGUCCCUGUUCUUCUAUACAGAUAAGGUGAUCUAUGCCAUCUACUUACAGAGCACACAGGAAUAAAUUGGUGCUGUGGAGUCUGCGGAGCAGCUGAAAGGAGGAACGUUACCCGGAGAAUGCGGCAAUAAAACACCUCUCCGCAGAGCCGUAUGAUUGAAAAGGCGGUCCAGCCCUCCUCUGCUGCCGGACAUGCUUUUGUCCUCCUGCCCCGCUUACCCACUGUUGCAGUAAUACAGAUGGAUCGUAGCAGAGAGCUGGAAAUGGAGUUACGGAGAUCCUCCAGCCCUGGCAAGCUAAGCAAGAGCGACGUGGAUGCUGACAAGACCAUGUGCCACAGCUGUUGCAUCUGCGGUAAAAGUUUCCCUUUUCAGAGCUCCCUGUCGCAGCACAUGAGGAAGCACACAGGUGAGAAACCCUACAAAUGCCCUUACUGCGAUCACAGAGCUUCCCAGAAGGGCAACCUGAAGAUCCACAUCCGCAGUCACAGGACGGGCACUUUAAGUCAGGGGCACGAGGCAGAGAUGGGAGAGGCGCAGCUGGGGGAGAUGGGCGUUUCAGAGGGCCUUGGCGGGUGCACCAGCCCCACUAAAAGUACGUCUGCCUGCAACAAGAUCUUGAACGGUACCGCUCAGGUCGAUAACAGCAAGAUCUUGUUGAGAAGCAGCAAGAAGGAGGUCACAGAGAUGGCACCAGCUGAGGAGGACGGCAAGCUGACCUCUUACCAAUGCACCUUCUGCAAAAACAAAUUUGAAAGGAAGAAGGACCUGGAGCAGCACCUGCAGCAGGUCCACAAACCGUUCAAGUGCAGGCUGUGCAGCUACAUGACCCUGAGGGAGGAGACGCUGUUAAACCACAUAGAGAAGGACCAUAUAACAGCUCAGGUCCCCAACGGGGAGACCUACACCGAGAACUGCAAGAGCGAGCUGAAUGCGGGCGAGUUCCCGUGCGAAGUCUGUGGUCAGACCUUUAGUCAAACCUGGUUCUUGAAAGCUCACAUGAAAAAGCACAGGGGCUCAUUUGAUCACGGGUGCCAUAUUUGUGGCAGGAGAUUCAAAGAGCCCUGGUUUCUCAAAAACCACAUGAAGUCUCAUGGCCCCAGGUCUGGGAGCAAAAACAAACCAAAAAAUGAUUUGGAGCUGAUUGCCACUAUCAAUGACGUGAUACAAGAGGAGACAAUUGUGACAGGCCUGUCUCUGUACGAAGUUUGCACCAAGUGUGGAAAUCUGUUUACAAAUAUGGAAAGCCUGAAAGUGCAUAAUGCUGUUCACUACCGUGUGCAGCCAGGCAGCACCGGGGAUAAAGCUGAGGGCUUGACUGACGGCAGCCUGAACUCCUCGGUAACCAAGCAGUUUUUCUUGCAGUGUCUCAAUCUACUGCCAUCUGUAGGGCUGGACAGAGUUACGAGAGGACAGGCUGGGAAAAGAGUAGCUGAGCUGGAUCCAGUCAGUAGCUACCAAGCUUGGCAGCUGGCCACCAAAGGAAAAGUAGUAGAGCCCUCAGAGUAUGUGAAGUAUGUGGGAUGGGAUGAGGCCCUGGCAGAUGCAGACGUGACUUAUGACAAGGAUAAGAGGGAGUAUAUCCUUGUCAACCAGGAGAAGCGCAAGCGCGACCAGGACUCUCCCAGCCAGCCCAAGAAGAAGAGCUGCACCGGCGGGCGCCUGGAGAAAGCCAGCGGUGUCCCAGCCGGGGAGAGCUGCCCGCUGGCCCCGGCGGGUCUGGACUAUCGCCCCGCCUCGCGGCAGGGCCGGCGGGGCCCCCAGAACAAGUCCACCGAGUGCUUCGAGUGCGGCAAGAUCUUCCGCACCUACCACCAAAUGGUGCUGCACUCGCGGGUGCACCGCAAGGAGCGCAGGAGCGGCAGCGAGGGCGGCGCGGCCGCCCAGCCCGACCGCUACGGCUCCAGCGGCGAGGAGGGGGACUCGGGCUCCGUCAGCGGGCCCAGCACCCCCGGCUCUGCCUCCGCCCCGGAGGACUCGGCCACCUCUGGCCUGGGAGAGGAGGGCGCUGAGGAAAGCUCGGAGGAAGGAGCAGCCAACCCCUUGCUAGAUGGAAAGCCAUACCACUGCAACUUUCCUGAAGAGGAAACCCCAAUGAUAAGAUCUCAGUUGGAUGAACUCUCAAACCUGGGAGGCCGCAACGCCAGAGAAAAUGAGGUCAGGGAAUCUAAACCGGAGAUUCCUUCUCUGGUAUCCUCACUGGAGAGUGUCAUCAAGGAACCCUUUUCAAAAUACCGAGGCCCUGCAGACACGAAGAUGCCGGUAUUUCAUCACAGCCAAGGGCUUCCUUGCUCCAGUCAUAUUGCUGGCUUUGCUUCGAGUGUGGGCCAGACAUCUUCAGGCAUGGUCAUGGACUUGAAAACGUCACUUGAAGUGCAGGCUAGUUGUGCUAGAGAAAAUUUUCUAGACUUGCACAGGGAGCAUCCUCUGAUAGAAAAAGGUGCUGAAGCUCUAGAGAUAGCUCCACUCGAUUUGAGUGAAAAAUCAACAAGGGAUACUUCAUGCAAUAAAUAUCUGAAUACAUCCUUGCAGGCUGCUUUAAUUGUCUACCCGUGUCCUUUUUGCAGUCACAAGACCUACUACCCUGAAGUCCUGUGGAUGCACAAAAGAAUUUUGCACAAAAUCAGCUGUAACUUGAUGGUACCCCCGUGGGUUCAACAGAACGGAUUCAAGAGUAUUAAAAACAACCUGGUCUUUCUGGCGAGGAGUGGGCGCACCGGCCCCCCUCCUGUGCUCGGUGGUAAGGAAUGCCAGCCUUUGCCCAUUGCCAGAUUUACACGUACUCAAGUGCCAAGUGCGUUGCCAGGUUCCAAACCCAGCUCCCUUUCCGUCGGGAAGUGCGGGAGUACGCAUCCCUCGAAGGACGGUUCGCGCGUGUCGGGUCUGGAUGGGUACAGACAGCCCAAGUUAAACCAUUCCCAGGAGCAGUACAGCAUGGCAGCACAACAGAAAAGCAAAUACGAAGCAAAUCCCAAACUUGUGCAGAUGGGAACCUAUGGCAGAAGCGUAACACCUACUCAGACAGUCAUAUCCAGGCCUAGCUCGCAGCCCACCAACAGUAAGCAAGUGGAAAAGUACGUGGCUCCCCAAGGGAGUGCUGGUUUUGGCUCUCCAGGUAAGCACUGUGCAUCUGACCCCGUGAAGGCCAAAUACACCCCCCCGCUGCAGUACCACCCUCUGUGCAAAGGUGAGCCGUACCCUAAGCACGAAGAGCCGUCGGUGCCUCCCAGGGAGCCUCACGCGAAGGCUGGGAAUGAGAUGAGGACAUUGGCAAACUGCACAGCGCUAGCACGAGCCAGUCCAGUGCUGCAGCCUCAGCCUGGCGCCGUGGGAGUUCCUCCGGCUUUACACUCCAGCAAGCAGGAUCUGGGAUCAGAUGGGCAUGAGAAACAUUUGGACAUUUUAAAUAUCUUUAAAACGUACAUUCCAAAGGACCUUGCUUCACUGUACCAAACCUGUGGUGCCAACAGCCCUGUCCUAGAUCACACAGGGAUGCUCAGGACACAAACACGCCAAGGAGACUGUGUCUGCAGAGAAUGUGGAAAAUGCUUUACCCAACCCAGCCACCUCAGGACUCAUCAGAGGUCCCAUGCAGUGGUAUUUGAGUCUAAUGGACUCCGAGGUACUGAAGUUCACACCACCUCCGCAGAUGCCCCAAAACAAGGCAGAGAGCACGGCGGCGCGGAGGCGACGGCGCACACGCUGCAGCUCCGGAAGGGCACCUAGAUCCUGGGCGGAUCGUCCAGAGCAUCCAUCCCCCUGGCAGAGGAGGAUCCCCACUGAGCAUCCGUCCCCACUGGGGCUGGGAGCAG